GUACUGUGACUGCUACUGUCCCAUGUUCGCUUUAGGAUGCAUUACUUUUUCAUUUUUCUACACCUUCCACAUUUAAUGCUCAGCCUAAGGAGGGAGAAGCACAAAUGCACAAGCCCCAGUCUCUCAUUCAACCCGGGGCUUGUUCAUAAACUGAAAAGGGUUAAGUACCAAAACUAAUUGCACAAGAAAAGUUUAAAAAAGAAACAGUAGAAUUCUUGCUAUUUAUUGCCUCCCUUCGUCUCCACUUAGCACCAAUCUCCUCUCUCUCUCUCUCUCUCUGUGUGUGUGUGUGUGUGUGUGUGUGUGUGUGUGUGGCUCUGGAAACAUGCAGACACUAGCAUGGAAGGCCAUUGUAAUGGCUGCAAUUCUACUCCAACCAUGCUCCUCGAAGGAGUUAGUAUCCAAUCUCUCCCUCCAAGAUAAGAUCAGCAAGCUCCCCGGCCAACCCCAGGUUGACUUCCAGCAGUUCUCAGGCUACAUCACAGUGGAUGACAGGAAGCAGAGGGCUCUCUUCUACUACUUUACUGAAGCUGAGCUAGAUCCAUCCGCAAAGCCUCUGGUCCUCUGGUUGAAUGGAGGCCCAGGUUGCUCCUCUGUUGGGGUUGGGGCAUUCUCUGAGAACGGGCCUUUUAGGCCAAGUGAACAGGUGCUUGUGAGGAAUGAGUAUAGCUGGAACAAAGAGGCCAAUAUGUUGUAUUUAGAGACCCCAGCUGGAGUUGGCUUCUCUUAUGCCAAUGAUACUUCCUGCUAUGAAGGUGUGGAUGAUAAGAUGACAGCUAGGGAUAAUCUAGUGUUCUUGCUGCGCUGGUUCUCCAAGUUCCCACAGUACAAGGUCAGGGACCUCUACAUCACAGGAGAAAGCUAUGCAGGUCAUUAUGUUCCUCAGCUUGCAGAACUCAUGGUUAAAUUCAACAAGAAGAAAAAUAUCUUCAAUCUCAAAGGAGCUGCGCCAAUUUUUCCUUUUUCUCGAUGUACCUGGCAGCUGGGCAAUCCAGUUCUUGAGUUCUCCACUGACUUCAAUUCAAGAGCAGAAUUCUUCUGGUCCCAUGGAUUGAUAUCAGACUCAACGUAUAGAAUCUUCACGUUGGCUUGUAACUACUCUCGAUACGUAAGCGAGUACUACAGAGGCUCAUUGAGUGCAGUUUGUGCACGAGUGAUGGGCCAAGUGACCCAAGAAACAAGUAGAUUUGUCGACAAAUAUGAUGUCACGCUUGAUGUCUGCAUAUCAUCAGUUCUGUCGCAAUCCAAGGUUCUAAGUCCUCAACAAGUUACCGAGAAUAUUGAUGUUUGUGUGGAGGAUGAAACAGUGAACUAUCUCAACCGCAAAGAUGUUCAAGAUGCUCUUCAUGCUCGCCUUGCUGGGGUGCCAAAAUGGUCAGUUUGCAGCAGUGUUCUUGAGUAUGAGCUGCUUAACUUGGAAAUACCCACAAUUUCAGUUGUGGGCUCACUUGUCAGGUCUGGAAUCCCAGUAUUGGUUUACAGUGGAGAUCAGGAUUCUGUCAUUCCUUUGACCGGGAGUAGAACGCUCGUGCAGAGAUUGGCAAAGGAACUAAAACUUAAAACAACAGUUCCUUACAGAGUUUGGUUUGCGGGAAAACAGGUUGGUGGAUGGACUCAAGUCUACGGGGAUAUCCUAACCUUUGCAACCAUCAGAGGAGCUUCUCAUGAAGCUCCAUUCUCACAGCCUGAGAGGUCUCUUGUACUGUUCAGAGCUUUUCUUCAAGGCAGACCACUACCAGAGACAUUCUAACAUACUCCCUCACCACCUUUUCUUUCAGUAGUUUUAUUGAGUGUUCGUGUGUAUGCAAGAUUAGCAUUCAUUCCUGGUUUGUCAAUGUGUUGAACCUGGGAGGUAGAGAAAUUGUGUAAAGAACACAGAUUGUGUGUUUUUGUUCAGCUAGCAACUCCCAUUGCAAAGCAGUAUCGCCUCAAAGAGAAACGGAUAA